AUGGCAUCUCGAAGGUAUUCAUCAUCUGGUGAAUUGCUACAGUCAACGCAAGCUCCACGAUUUGAGAAUGUGCAGUUAAAACACUUACCCAUUGAUAAUGGACCCAAUGUUAUACGCCCUGUACGCAAUGCUUGUUUUGCUCGUGUAACUCCUGCAAAGGUGGACAAUCCUCGCCUGGUUUUGUUUUCUCGUGAUGUGCUGAGUCUCUUAGAUAUACAAAAUGAUAUUGACUAUGACGACGAACAUUCCGGACAAGUAAAUGUCUUAGUUGAGUAUUUAUCAGGCAACAAAUUAUGGCCUGGUAGCGAUCCUACAGCUCACUGUUAUUGUGGAUACCAAUUUGGCAGUUUUGCUGGCCAACUUGGCGAUGGUGCAGCAAUUUCAUUAGGAGAAGUAGUCAAUAGUAGAGGUGAACGUUGGGAAUUACAAUUGAAAGGAUCAGGUUUAACUCCAUUUUCUCGACAAGGUGAUGGAAGAAAAGUACUACGUUCUAGUCUACGAGAGUUCCUUUGUUCUGAGGCUAUGCAUUAUUUGGGAGAUAAUAUCUUUGAGAAAGCCAGUAUCACUAGUCGAGUAGCUAAAACGUUUAUAAGGUUUGGUUCUUUUGAAAUAUCGAAACCUCAAGAUGUAAUCACUGGACGUUAUGGACCAAGUGUUGGUAACAAAGAGAUUGUAUCACAACUCACCAAUUUCGUAAUACAACAAUUUUAUCCUCAUAUUUGGGAGAAAAAUGUACACUCAGAUGAUAUGAUCAGUUGCUACUUGGAAUUCUUUGAGGAGGUAGUUAGACGUACAGCUAAUCUAGUAGCUCUUUGGCAGACUGUCGGAUUUUGUCAUGGUGUACUAAAUACAGAUAAUAUGAGCAUUAUCGGUUUAACAAUUGACUAUGGACCAUUCGGUUUUAUUGAUCAAUUUACUUGGGAUCAUAUAUCAAAUACAUCUGAUCCGGAUGGACGAUAUUCAUAUGCACAACAACCAAGUAUAUGUGCAUGGAAUUGUGCUCGUCUAGCCGAGUGUUUAAUUCAAGCAUUAAUUGAUCAACAGAAGACAACAUUUGAUGAAUCGAAGAAGGAGAGGAAAGAAGAACUUCAAACACGAUUUACCAGUGUAUUAAAUAGUGUAUAUAUGCCGUGUUUUAACAAGGUUUACCUAGAGAGAAUGCGUAAAAAGUUAGGUUUACUUCAUUCCAAGGAAGAAAUAGACAGUGAAAUUGUUCAUGAUUUACUUGAUACAAUGGAGAAAACUGGAGCUGAUUUUACAAAUACAUUUCUAGCUCUUGAAGAUACUUUAUCUCAAGCAUUUAAUAAAUAUGGUGAAAAUUUAUUGAAAACUAUUGAAGACGAUCCUGAUUACUUUCUACAACCAGAUCUACUAGUACAAGAAUGUUGUAAUUUAAGCCAACUACAGGAAACUUUUGAACCAUUCAAUAUAGAAUUACAUCAUCAACUCUUAUCAAGGUUUGCUGGUAUACGUGAAAAUUUUGUUGAUAAAUUGGAAGAAAUCAAAGUGUUGAAGUUUAAAGCUAGAGAAGAAUUGUACAAAGAAUUAGAACAUAUGACAGAAGAAGAGAAUCAGCAAAGAAACGUUCACUUAUGGAAUAAAUGGUUAAAAGCAUAUACACAACGCUUGAAAAUCGACUUCCAACUGAAUAAUAACAAUACAGCGUUUUCAACACGUUUAGAUUUAAUGAAGUCUGUAAAUCCUCGAAUAGUUCUACGUAACCAUUUUGCAGAAGAAGCAAUCAAGUCAGCUGAAACAGGAGAUUAUACAGUAGCUCGUAAAUUAUUCAAUGCACUUCGAACACCCUUUGAAGAAAUGAAUUUAUCUCCAAAUGAUGAGCCCAAUCAGUCUACACCAACGUGUUCAAGGAACAGAAAUCGUCCUCCUGAUUGGUCUCGUAAACUGCGUGUUUCUUGCUCAUCGUGA